AAUGAGCAGACUGGGUUUAUUUUAACAUGAAUUCAUACUGUCAUAAUACUGCAUGUUCAUACUGAUGCUGUGGGGAUGUGAUCGCGAGAACACAGAGGUCAGCUGUGACUGACAGCGCUGAUGCACAGCUGUGGAUGCUUGAACACAUCUGGAUUCAUGGUGAGACACAAACACAGACCCGGUGUGGGCCGAAGAGUUUUCACUGGGACGCUGAAGCCUGAGGGAAGUAAACAGCCUGCAGCUCUGAUCAUAUAACCACUGUAAUUUAUAUAAAACCAGUUUCUUAAAAGUCCUGAACAGAAGCUGAACGUUGACUUCAGCUGUGACUCAUCCACAGAUCAUCCAGUUUUUCCUUUAUAAUAUUCCCCAAAUGGUCAAAAUGUGGGAGUGUCCCUGCCAGUGGACAGGUAAUAAAACUGCUGAGCAGCCACUUAAAGAGGAGCACCUGGUCACUCCACCUGGACCUGCAGGGCCACGGGACAGCUGGGCUGCAAACGUCUGCGAAUUGCAGCUGCCUGUGAUUGUUUUUCUGUAUUUCAGCCUGGAGACCCGAGAGCCCGCCUUCACCUUCCAUUCACUCUUACAUUAAAAAUAAAACAGCUGUUUUCAUCUGAAUAUUAGUGCUGACACGUUCUAACUUUGAGAGAAAAAUCACAUCAACUUUAUUUAUUACACCAGCCAAAGAGAAAAUGAACAAAUGUAAAUAAAAGAAGUUUAGUAAACAGAAGUAUAACUAAAUACAAUGGAAGUGACAAUUUUAUAAACAAGGUAAACAAAAAUUUUAAAAAGUAAAUAAAAUGAAAAUACCUCCAUGAAUGAAGUAAAAUCGAAAUAAAAGCAUAAAACUAGUUUAAUAAGUGUGAAGAAAGCAGAAAAUGUCAUUUGGCGUUACAGGAGCUCAGGGUAACUGCACUACAAUGGAUGAACAAUAGUAAUAAAAUAAUAAAAUCCAGCUCUGCACAUUUAAAGUCGGCCGGAUUCGUGGGGAUGUCCUCCGUGUCGUGGCUGUGGUACUGUCAGCACUCAAUCGUGCAGUAAGUCCGCCCGAGACGGGAAUUUAGAGUUUUUUGAAUGGCGUCUGGCGGGCCGCGCGGUGUGGCCCGUUCACGGAUGGACGUCAUGUGUUUUGAGGUUACAUCCAGCUGUUGCACUUGCGCGCAUCGUUACCUUUAAGAUGCUCGGGGAUAAAGGCUCAUUUUAGCCGAACCCGACACCAUUUUACCGGAGAGUUUGGCGCGAACGCGGCUCGGAUCACCGCCUGUCACCUCUUCCCCGACGAGCAGCGCCCGUUUUCGGGUUCCUUUAAGCGAAGUGGCGGAUUUAACGGCCGAGCUGAUCCCAUAAAUGUCGGAUUUGAUUAUCUGUCGGCCUACCGAGAAGUGGCGGGGGCGAGAGGGACGGCGCGGCACGAGACGAGCCGAGACGGGGUCCGCGAGGAGGGUGCACACGCCAAAUACUUUCCCUUUAAAGCAGAGAGGGACAGAGGGGGUGAAGAAGAGAUAAAAAAAGAAAAGGAAGAAAGAGCGAAGGGAGGGAGGGCGAAAGGGAGCGCGAGGGAGCGGGUUUGAAAAAAACAGAAAGAUGUCAUCCUGUCGAUUCAGACACCGAGGCGGAGCCACGGACCGCGGCCGACCGGGAGCGCUCUAGCCGGGGGACGAGCCCUACGCAACGCCGAGGCUCGGAAGCCAACGCUGCGGCCUUGUCGGAGCUAUAAACGAGUCCCGAACAGCUGCUGCUAUGAUUAGCACGUCUCGACUGCUCGGCUUCGCCAUUAAAAUACUUUGCAUGCAGAUUUUUAUUCCAGUCGACAUAAGCAAAUUAAAUUAAACCGCACCAUUAAAGCAAGCAUGAUACCAACCAUUCUGUCGCAUUUACAGAAGCAUCUGCUCAGUGACUGUUUAGCUGCCAUAUUAACUCCUGCCUCUCGGAGGCUUCUUCUCUAACAAGUGUCAGGGCUUUGGGACUCAUUUCCUCCGCCGAUUUCCCCUGUCGGUGAGCCGGGCAGGUGGAGGGGAGCUGCCAUACAGGCCUCGCGUUUUGUUUUCACAGCAGCUCCCGGAGCUUUUCUACCUCCCCCUCCUCCUUCUCCUCCACCUCCUCCUCCUCCUCUUCGGUCCCCAGCUGGGUCUCCUUCAGGAUGGACACCUCCUGGAGUAAUUUCCUCUUUCAGACGCCUCCGACUCAGAGUCAGCCCGAGACGCCUCUACAGUCGGAGCUGCUGCCGGAGCUGACCGGCUCGGCUCAGAGUCCUCCGGGCGAGCACAUCGUGACACCUCCGUCCACCGUUGACACGGCCGCCCUGAGCGAGGAGCCGCUGCCAGUCAAACCGCUCACCAAGCCGGGCCGGCCCGCCCACAUCUGCGCCACCUGCAACAAGGAGUUCAAGAACAGCUACAACCUGCGGCGGCACCAGUCGGUGCACACGGGCAUCAAGAUGAAGGACCGGGCAGCCCGGGAGAAGGAGGACGGAGCGAAGGCCGGCCGGGUGGAGAAGCAGACGGUCCCGCUCUCCCUCCUCCACCUCGCCCUGCCCCCGCAGCAGCCUCCUCCCCCUCCCGCGGCUCCCGGCCAAGAGACCCUCCCCCAGCCCGGUCAGCAUGUCAACCAGGAGGGCCAGCCGGUGUCUGUGUCCAUCGCCCCGGCAACAGUAACCAUGGCUGCGCCGCCUCAGCCCAUCCAGGCGGCCGUUGUUGUCGUUGGGUCCAUGGAGCAGAAUCCUAAUCCCAUUCCCAGCACCAAUCAGGUGAGGAAGAACCACGCCUGCGAGGCCUGUGGAAAGGCCUUCAGGGACGUCUACCACCUCAACCGCCACCGGUUGUCCCACUCGGAUGAGAAGCCGUACUCCUGCCCAAUCUGCCAGCAGCGCUUCAAGAGGAAAGACAGGAUGAGCUACCAUGUGCGCUCGCACCAGGGCGGCGUGGAGAAGCCGUACAUCUGCCCGCACUGCGCCAAGGCCUUUUCUCGACCGGACCACCUCAACAGUCACGUGCGACAGGUGCACUCCACAGAGAGGCCGUUCAAGUGCACGACGUGCACGUCAGCGUUUGCCACACGGGAUCGCCUCCGUGCUCACCUGAUUCGCCACGAGGAGAAGGUGCCGUGUCACAUUUGCGGGAAGCUGCUAUCGGCCGCUUACAUCACCGACCACAUGCGGGUCCACAACCAAUCACAGCACCACGCCUGCCACCUCUGCAACCGCAGCUUCACCACCCUCACCUACCUGCGCGUCCACGCCCAGAAGCACCACGGCCAGGAGUGGAAGGAGAGCGGCGGGGCGCGGGGGGCUUUCGGCGGGACGGGGGCCGGUGGCGUGCUGCUCUGCCAGCUGUGCGGUGUACAGUGCAAGACGGCCACACAGCUCCAGGGUCACAUGGGCACCCACGCCAACCAGGGCGACCCCACCCCCGACCAGACGAGCGCGGGGCCCGUGGGCACCACCAGCGUGGCGGUGACGGUGUCCAGCGCUAGCACAGUGGGACUGCUGGUCACUGACUGCUCCGGUAUCGCCCCCAGCCCCACAGCUAGUACGCUGGGGGGCGAGUGGGGGCAGGGGGGAGCUGGGGUGGGACUGCAGGGAAGGGGAUCAGGGACGGAGGUCGGGGGGAGUCGAGGCAAAAGGAAGCAAGGACGCGUAGGAGGAGCCACCGGAGCAGGUUGUUUCCUGCCACAUCUGGAUGGAGAGUGCCACGACUUCUCCAUGGCUCCGUGAGGAUGCCCGCCUCCGUCAGCUGACCGGCCUCCAGCACUGGGAGGCGCUCUCUGCGUUCACACUACCGACUCUGGAGUCCUGCACAGAGGACAGAUGACCCAUCUGUUAUUAACUAAUGUGUAUUUUUAUUCUCCUGGCUUGGCGCUUAGCUGUUAUCAUCACUUCAUUGUUUUCAUUUUCAGCCGCUCUGGAUUUUUGUAAAGCCGCCGUCGCCGUUUCUACACCAUUUCUGAUCCAUGAUAUCCGUGUUUAACACCAGGAAACUGGCCCAGAGACCUCAGUAACACGAUUUAUCUCAUUUUCUCUUCUAAUUUAUUGCCGAGCGGUGUCCGGUUUGCCUUUGAGCGAGGAGCGGGUGUUUCUGACGGCCCACGCUGUACAUACACACUUUUAUAAAGCUGAUAACGGCAGACCGAUAGUUGUUUGUGGAUAUUUCCCCUGAACACUGAAUGUGCAUAACUUCUCUGCUUCGUAUGAUCUUCGUUCUUACUCUGGAUGCUGAUUUGUAACUCUUGCCAUGUAAUUUGUAGCUACCUUGGUGACACAUUUUCUGUGGCUGUGCAUAUUGAUUGUACUUGAUGCAUAGUGCAUAGCGCCUCAUUACUGUUACUGUAUUAAAAGGCAGUAAAACGCA